GUCCGCCGCUAACAGCCACCAGCCAAGUCUCUGGAGUUAGCUCGGGAGCUAGCCAUGAGCUAACAAGUAGCUAACGCUGACUCUCCCCAUCUUUGCCACCACAGCUCAACCUUCGUGAAACGUCAAGGGGGAACCCUCACUCGUUUACCGGAAUUAUCAUCCAGGCCUUUUGUUGCAGCUGGAACCCUCUGAGUGCUUUUUGUGGUCUUCAUUUCACUUCCCUCCACCUCCACGUCGAACUUCCUCCCUUUUUUUACUCUCGGAUCUCCCGGUAGACAGAGCCAUGGCAGCUGCUAAGCCAAAAGGGCAGAACUCUCUCGCCCUUCACAAAGUGAUUAUGGUGGGCAGUGGAGGAGUGGGGAAAUCAGCCCUCACUCUCCAGUUCAUGUAUGAUGAGUUUGUUGAAGACUACGAGCCCACCAAGGCGGACAGUUACAGGAAGAAAGUGGUGCUGGACGGCGAGGAGGUACAGAUCGACAUCCUUGACACAGCUGGACAAGAGGACUACGCAGCCAUACGGGAUAACUACUUCCGCAGUGGCGAGGGUUUCCUCUGUGUGUUUUCCAUCACAGAACUGGAAUCAUUUGCAGCAACAGUAGACUUCAGGGAGCAGAUCCUGCGAGUGAAGGAGGAUGAGAACGUGCCCUUUCUCUUGGUCGGUAACAAGUCAGACUUGGACGACCGACGGCAGGUCAGCGCAGACGAGGCGAAGGCACGCGCUGAGCAGUGGGGCGUGUGCUACGUGGAGACUUCGGCCAAAACCCGUGCCAACGUUGACAAGGUGUUCUUUGACCUGAUGAGAGAGAUCCGGGCAAGGAAAAUGGAGGACAGCAAAGAGAAGAAUGGGAAGAAGAAAAGUAAAAGUUUGGCCAAGAGAAUUAGAGAGAGAUGCUGUAUUUUAUAGUGGUAAAAGACAGCAGGGUAGCUGCUUAUGUACAUAUACAUUUCUCAGACUUUUGCAUUUAUUUUGUGCCCAUACCUGACCAUGACUUUCUGUUCCUGGCUAACAGGACAUCUGACCGUGUGUCAGGGAGUAGUAAGGUGGCACUCCAUACACCAUUUAUAGCUCUAACUUUUUAUGUGCUGACACUCCAAAUAAUUUAUGUUCUCUCUCUCUCUCUCUCUCUCUCUCUCUCUCUGUCUGUCUCUCUCUCUCUCUGUCCACGUUACAGAGUGUAAUAAAUGGAUGGUGUUUUUAAUUUAGGCCUAAGCUUGACAGAGGCUGAGCCUUGAAAUGUUACAAAACUCUUUCAUUGUAAAGUUUGAUGUGUAUAAUAUAUUCAGACAACUGUGCAGUUCAAAGCGCUAGAAAUGAAGGUGUCAGAGCCAAGGUUUAAACGGGGAAGAUGUAACUGGAGCUUGGGUAGGAAAUGUUGAAGUGUAGUGUCAGCAGUGUAGUGUCAACGCAGAAUUCAUCAAGUGCCACCAAGGAAAUGUACAUUGCACUGGUGAAUCUAUGAAGCAUUUUAAUUGAGAGAUUGUCGCGUUAACUUAGCCACAGCCGGAAAUUUGAUGCCAUUCCUAUUUGUCGUUUUACGCCUCAGUUUUACUACGUUGUAUGGUUCUGAACACUUCUUUUUAUCUGUGAAGUCAAACGUUUCUCUCUUCUCCUCCUAUCAUAUCAACGAGUAUAAGAUAAGCGCACUAACGUUUCCCGUUUUCUUUCCCCUUCGCGUCACUUUGUUGAGUCUUCUCAAAUGCACAAACAACAUUGAUCAUUACCCUUAAACCUGUGAGGGAUUUUACAACACUUGAACUUUUUUCAAAUCUCAACAUUUCAGAAGUUUUACCUCACACGGCUAAAUGAGUUUCAUUGCCUUUUUUUUUUUUUUUUUUUUUUGCGAAACAGGAAUCCCUGGUGCUCUGAUAAAAGGUGAUUCCAUAACACUACAUCCUUUACAUGCUGUCUUGAACACAUCUUCAAGUUGAUAAAAUAAAUCGCUUCCAGUCAUGUAAAGAUUUCUUUUUGCCAAUUUUACUUUUCCUGGCUCAGACUUUUAAUCACCAACCUUGUAUUCCUCUGUUUUGUUUUUACUUAAAAAACGUAUUUCGUAAUAGGGAUUUAAGUGGGAAUACAUUAAUGGAUAGAGAGAAUUUUGUUUUUAAGAUAAAAUAUUUAAAAGAAAUGAAUGCAGGCUUGAUAGAAGUAUGGUGGUACCUGUCCAAAAAGGUUGCUCUCAGUCUCCAAAGAAAAAACGCUAGCUAGUACAAACAAGUGCCCACUUAUUAAUGGAACUUGUUGUUGUGAGCAUCAAAAGUAAGCACUGCAGUGUUCCUGGUGGUGGCAAAUGUUGAAUGGGAAAAUAUCAUUCUGAAUGGCCUGGGAAAGAAAAAUGUAAGGUUAAUUCAUGUACAGUGCAUCACUGUUGCCUCUGUCCAUUGUGAAUGUGAAUACCCCCCCAACCCAACCCAACCCAACCCAACCCAUCCUGUUUGCCUGUAAUCGUAGGCUGCCAAUGAUGUGCAGAGUUUAGAGGACAUUGUCAUUCUGCUUUGUUCCCCUACCCUUUGCAUUAAGGUGUUGUAACAUCUUAAUUAAUUGUUCAUUUGAUCUAGUAGUUAUACUUUUUACUGGCGGGUGAAGAUUGAAGCAGUGUAAAAACAAAAAUUGGCAAAAUGAGAACGCUAUACGUGAUUAUAGACCAAAACACACUGUGAAAUCUGCCCCUCCAUUCUCUUAGUUACCCCUUUUUCUGACUGAGCCACUACUAACUUAUUUAAAGUAAUUUAUUUUUUAUGAUUUUCAGUUGUUUUUAAAGUCUGACCACCAUCCAGAGGUUGUCGCCACAUUUCACUCCGAUCCACUUUAAGUAAUUAACAGAGGAGUGAAUGUGCACCAUUAAAGGACUUCCUCAACCAAUAGGAUGGCCGACACUGGAGUCUAUGCAAACAAUUAUGUAAUUGCAACGAGGAAGCGAAUGCUGUUAUAAGAUAUCUGACCACAGCUCAGAAAAAAAAAAAAACCCAAAAUCAUUCAAAGAAUUUAAACCAUUUUAUUUUUCAAGAUACUUUAUGUUGUCUCGUUUACUCCCUGAGUUAAUACAUGAACACUAAGUAAUCACUGGCUUUGAUUACGGAGAUUUGUUUGUCAUGUAGUUCAAUGUGUCCAUUGGCAGAAAUGCAAAAGAAUGUCCGUGGUAUUACUCGUUAACUGAAAAGCACACAGUAAUGAGAGUUUUAAAGAUGGGAGGGUGGGAUGGGAUAUGCGAGGUGAACUUUGAACCCAAAAUGUUAGGACACCGUGGCAUCAGAAUGUUUGGAAAUGUAGUUUGGGUUAAUAUGUUUUUAAGGGCUAACCUCCAGUACACCACACCAUGAUUGAAACACCCCUGAAAGGUAAAAAGCGACGGGCAGAAACUGACAUGUAGUGUAAGAAUCCCAGCCUGUGACGGCGUACCUUCCUUAGCUUGUAGCCAUUACAUUAAGUGCUGUGUGUUCAUCGUUGAGGAUUGCAGAAGCUAAUAUUCUUAAAGUGACCACCGUAGUGCUUGCUUACUCUUAACAUUGGCUUAACACAGUCUAAUUCUUCUUUUUUAGUGCUUUUUUUUCAGAAGCAAGCAUUAAUCAUAAUACUUCUACUUCUUUUCUUUGUGUCCAUGUAUUGUUUUAAUAGACUUGAUGGCCCAAAUAUUUUCAGCAGGGUUUAAGGGGUGAUACUAAAAACCGAUAUUUGUGUGAAAGCUAUGAGCGAACUGUCCUACUGGGUAUUAAAAUAACUUGUUUUGCCUUUUUAUAUAAAUACCCUUGGAAUUAAAAGAAAAGAAAAGGUAUCUAUGUCUUUGAUUGGAUGGUUGUGUAUGUAUGCCAUCAAUUAAAUGUUUCCUUCAUGUUUACUUAUUUUGAACAUAACCACUAAUGUAGCCUAUCUGUUUGUGAAUGCAAGAGGUGAAGCUUACAUUUCAAUUCAUUUUUUGUGAGUUAUUUGGAAAUGGCAAAUAAAAGUGGAUAUUACUAAUAAUAA